AAGACGGACGUCCAUUCCCCAGCUCCUCAAUCCCGUUGCUCACCCGCACGCCGCUCACAGAGUCGACCACCGCACUAUGCCCGCCCCGUACGACCCCCCUCACUAUGCACUCCAUCCCCACCACUCUCUUCCUCCGCCUCCACAGCGUGAGGAGCACUCUGGGGGGUCCUUCAAGCUCAGUGCAGCCAGCUGGGAUCAGGGCGGGGAUAGCGAACGGAAGAAGCAUGACCAACAGCCUCCGUCCGCCCCAAUGUCCUACCCUCAUCCUUAUCCUGGUCCGCCACCGCCUCCUCCAUCAGCCUCACAGACACAACCGCCCCCGCCACCCCCAUCUUCUUCCUCGUCGUCUUCCUAUCCGGACCCAUCAUCAAGAACGCCCUCGAGACAGAGGGACGACCGUGGUUAUUCGCAUCCCGCCGGUCCUGUGGAUCCUGGUCCUCCAUCAUGGAAUCACCCGAGCCCGAGUGACGGGCCUUCCUACGGUCCUCCCCCCGUCCCGCCCACUCCCUAUUCUGACGAACGCGCAGUAGCUGGACCCGGACCGCCAGGCGAAGUGCCACCGCCUUCGAACCCGUAUCCUCCUCCUAUGCAUCAUGUUCAUGCGCCUCCGCCUCCGCAUGCGGCAUAUAGGACUGAUAUGAAUGGAUAUCGACCUCAUCCUGACCCAUAUCAUCAACAUGGACCUACACCCUCACCGCAUUCGGCCCAUGCUCACGCUGCACAACAUCAACAUCAACAUCCUCACCCUCAGCCCCAUCAUUCUUCUUACGCUCAACAUCCUCAACAUCCUCCCCAACAUUCCCCACACACUUCACAUUUGCAACAUCAGCAUCAUCAACAUCAACAACAGCAGCAACAACAACAACAGCAACAACACCAUUCGCAAUCACGUCCUUCGUCAUCGCAUCAUCAUUCGCAACAUCCUCCUCAGCCUGUUCAUGCGCAUGUCCAUCACCAUCCGCCUCCGCAUCAACACGUAGGGCCUCCACCCCCACCGCCUUCUCAACAUGGUCCCCCACAUCAUGCACACCAACAUCAACAUGUUCCCCCGCCUCAGCCACCUCACCCACAACAACCUUCUCCACAUCAGUUACAAUCCCGUCCUUCACACCAUCCCGCUACUUACCAAACAUCCGAACGCGCUUCUACGCGUAUCAUGGCCCGAACUACUACUGACCCGAACUUGGCGCCUCCUCAGAUGUACGGCCCCUACUAUAUCCCAUAUGGGGCUACUAUUGCGUAUGGCCCUCCGCCUGGGCACCCGCAUAUGCCGCCUGGACAUCCUCUUCCCCCUCCACCAGCGCCUCAGGGUCAAAAGCGAGCUUCCCCGCCUGAUGAGGAGGACGAUGGUGUGAAGAAAAAGGCGAAGAAGGCGAGGGCGCCUCCGUCGGAAGCUUCGAAUUCGAGGAGAGGGUCAAGCCAGAAGAAGAAGCAAGAGGCGAUGCAGAAUGCGCAGAGUCAAGGUACUCUGCGGUAUACGCCGAUGGGUGCGGAACAAGUGAAGCAGACAGGGCCUUCCGAUGGCACCACCAAAGUUCUUGCGGAUACCCCUCCUGCUGGCCUCAUUCCCGAACUCCAGCUGCACAGAUGCAUGUCCUCCCGGUAUAAGCACGAGCAGUUCCCGCGCUGCGUUUCGUGCACGCGCCGUUGGGCAGGCGAUACCUGUCGCUUCCAAGGAAUACGAUUCUUCUUGAAGGACCAGAAGGGUACCAUCGUUGGGGUGAGCUUCGUGGAGAAUCAGAAGCCAGACGCUCCGAACAUGAAUUUCCCGACUACGUGGAAUACGAGGUUGGAGGAAUCGCAUAUCAGGGAGACGAAGAUCACCGUCGCGAGAGCUUUAUUACCGAUUUUGCAGAAGGAGCUCGAGCAUCUCAACUCGCCGGAAAUCAUCCGUCGUCCGAGGGAAAGCGACGUGCGCGCAACCUGUGAUACUUGUAUGACCUCCAUCUUCUCCUCGUCGUGGAUGUGCCGCCUGUGCGGGCGCGAGACGUGCGCCGAGUGUUUUGAAAAAGUCCGAGAGCUGACUCAACCUCGACCGGACGCCACCCAGCACGAGCUUGCGGCGCUUCAAGCUCGCCGUGAAUCGCACGCUGUCACCAACCCCUUCUUCCUUACUUGCACGCGUCGUAACGAGCACGCGUAUAAGGAUUUCUCUGCCGUUUCGCGGUUCCACAGGACUGAGCUUGCUGGUACGAUCAAAGAGAUGAAGCAGUUGUUGAAGGAGGUGGAGGACAAGGCGAACAAGGCGGACGCUGAGGGAGAUGUAUCGAUGAAAGGUGCUGAUGCCGGUGAGAACACGGGGAAUGGGAAGGCGGCUGAAGUUCAUGCUGAUUCUGGUUCUACUGAAGUAGUUGAGCAGGCUGGAGGGUCCGCUUCGGUGGCUCCUGUUGUUCCUGUCCAGCUAACUACGUCGGAACCUGCAGCAACAUCUACUCAGUCGCCUCCCUUGAUUCCCCCGCCGGUCGACGACCCCCAAGCCGGCACGGAAGACAUACCAUGUUACCCUACCCAUCGGUUCACCGACGGCGAGCUCACUGAGGAGCUCUUCCGCGCCGUGUGGUCGCAGGGGAUUCCGCUCAUGGUAACGGGUCUGUUGGACAAGUUCGAGUUGAAGUGGACGCCGGAGUAUUUCAUGGAGAAGUAUGCGAGCCAGACGUGCUCGAUCGUGGAAUGUCAGACGGAGCAGAUCAAGAGGAUGACGGUCGGCGAGUUCUUCAAGAUGUUUGGGAAGUACGAGGGGAGGGAGAUGGUGUGUGCGCAGAGCGGGAAGGGGAAGGAGGGACAGGCGAACGGGAAGGUGAAUGGCAGUGAGAAGACGAACGGAAAGACGAAUGCGAACGGGAAUAAGAAGAAAGAGGAUGCGGUCUGGAAGUUGAAGGAUUGGCCUCCGAGCAUGGAUUUCAAGACGGCGUUCCCGGAGCUUUAUGAGGAUUUCGAGAGGGCGGUUCCGAUGCCGAGGUAUUGUAGGAGGGAUGGGGCGUUGAACAUCGCGUCGCAUUUCCCGGCGAACGCGGUUGCGCCUGACCUUGGUCCUAAGAUGUACAACGCGAUGGCAACGACUGAACUCCCCGGCUCAAAAGGCUCUACCCGUCUUCACAUGGACAUGGCGGACGCUAUCAACAUCAUGCUUCACGCCGAGGACGGCCCAGACGGCAAGCCCGGCGUCGCAGCCUGGGAUCUCUUCCGCGCCGACGACUCUGAAAAGCUGAGGAAGUUCUUGAGGAAGAGGGUGCCGAACGGAGGGCAGCCGAAUAACGACCCGAUUCAUGGGCAGCAGGUGUAUCUGGACAGGGAGAUGAGGAGGGAGCUGUUCCAGGAGUAUGGGGUGAAGAGUCAUAGGAUUUAUCAGAGACCUGGGCAGGCGGUGUUUAUCCCGGCUGGGUGUGCGCAUCAGGUUGCGAACCUCGCGGACUGUAUCAAGGUAGCGAUCGAUUUCGUGAGCCCGGAGAACGUGGCGAGGUGUGAGAAGUUGACGCAGGAGUUCAGGGAACAGAAUCAGAUAAUGGUGUGGAAGGAGGAUGUGCUGCAGUUGAAGGCCAUGAUGUGGUUCGCUUGGUUGUCGUGCUCGCGCCAGGAGGCGCAGUGAAGGAUGUUCUUCUUGCUUGGACGGAGGUGGGUGGAUUCCCUGUGUACAGUGCUUGGUUUCUUGGGUGGGUAAAGGAUGUGGGCUUGCGCUCGCAGAUAGGUGCGUUGAUAGACGUUGUAGUGCGGGUUAGCACGGUUGAUAAGCUUUGCUCGGAAUCCCUCAUCUCGUGUACAGUACUGUUUCUUGAUUCUCUUGUCCUUGUGCUAUACCGUUUUCGUUGCCGAUGAUUUAUUGUAUACUGCUGCAGUCUUUUCGAACAGUCCAUCUUGCGAUCUGUUGCGCUCUGUGCUUGCUUGCUGUCUCAGCUAUAUAUACGUUCACGAUAGAAGAGUCAUUGUCAUUAUGCG